AAAGAGUACGGAUAAACAACAAUACCAGCAAACUGGACCUUCCGCUACUGGACCUGACCGACGUCGUUUCGUUUCGGAUCUUUCCGGGAGUCUCCUAUAACAUUACCCGAACCCGCUAAAUCCUCCCCCUCUUUCCCACCGUCAGCUUUUGUUUCCUCCGCCGCUCUUUUUCCCCGGGCUAGGGUUCUGCAUGGUGACCAAUGAUUAUAUCGCCAUGAACGGGAACGCGUUUAGUAAGAUAGAAGAAAAGUUCAUCCAGAAGCUCCAUAAACACGACGUUAAAGAAAAUCAGUGCAGUUCCUCGCUCGUUAAACACGUCAAAGCUCCGGUUCAUCUUGAAUGUUUGUUUUUCUUUUAUAUCGUUUGGUCUUUGGUGAGGAGAUUUGAUCAACCGCAGAAGUAUAAGCCAUUUGUUAGUAAGUGUGUUCUACAGGGUGAUCUUCAGAUUGGAAGUGUUAGAGAAGUCAAUGUUAAAUCAGGUUUGCCUGCCACAACUAGCAAGGAAAGGUUGGAGUAUCUAGACGACGAUGAGCAUAUUUUGAGCAUGAAGAUUGUUGGAGGUGACCACAGGUUGAAGAACUACUCAUCCAUUGUUACAGUGCAUCCCGAGGUCAUUGAUGGCAGACCAGGAACAUUGGUCAUUGAGUCAUUUGUAGUGGAUGUACCAGAAGGGAACACCAAGGAUGAAACAUGCUACUUUGUCGAGGCACUGAUCAAGUGCAAACUCAAGUCAUUGGCUGAUGUUUCAGAGCUCUUGGCUGUUCAGGAUCAAACCGAGCCGAUCGAAAGAAUGUGAAAAACACGGGUCCCCGUUAGCACCAUCAAGGUGUGUUGUAAUUAAGGUGUGGGCACCCCGAGGGAAAUGUUACGGUGGACCAUUGAAUGCAAGGCAGGCUCCAAUUGAAGGGACCGUUCUCCAAUAA